AUGCCGCUGUAUAAAGUUUGGAGCUCCACCAGGGAAGUUAAAAAGGCUGUAAUUGCUUGUUCUUUUACAGAAUUUGUUUUAAAAGGUAUGUGUCUUUAUGAUAUUUUAUAGAUAAAAACUAGUUGAACUUGCAAUGGCGAGCAUUUAAAAAAGAAACGGCAUUGCUGUUUUAAGCCGAUCAUUUGAAAUUUUAAUAUAUAAAAUAGCUUGUUAAAUUAUUGUUUUUGUAUGGUAUAUUUGUACAAGUGUAGAAUUUAAUAUUGUUUAUUGUCUUUAUUAUUUCCUCAUUUACAACAAUUACAAAAAACAAGCGAGUUUUUCAUGAGCUAUUUCAAAUUGUCAAGUCUUUGCCACUGACCUGAAUGCUAGAACUGGAUGGAGUAUUCUUUUAAAUUCAAUAUUAGAGUGUAGCCAUUUCAAAACGAGAGUAUUUUGGAAAGAAGAGGAUAUAAAUUAUAACAUAUAUCUAUUUAAUAAUACUAUUAUACUUUAAUGUUUUAAUAUUUUGAAAUAAUAGGGAUACGCAUUUUAAUCACAUUUUUCAAUAUGCUAUAAUAUUUUUUUGUAUUUUCUAUAUUACUGUAUGUUUUCAAUAUGUUUUCAUAUAUUUGGAAAAAAUUAAAGCCUGCCAUUUGAAUAUACAAUAAAAUAGGCAAAGAAAAGCUUGGUUUUUCAAAAGAAGAGGAAGUGAACAUCUAUACAAACGAUGAUGGAACUGAAGUAGAAGAAGAUACGUUCUUAGAGUUUGGAUCGGCGACUAUAUUUAUUAUGACACGCAAAGAAGACCCUGCUGGUGACAAGGACAUUGAAUCCGCUAUCAUAAUGGAUGGUAUGUUAUUGUAUUGAUUAAAUAUUAUAUAUCAAAAAAACUGGCGAUUUUCAUUAUGAAUGGUCAUACAACUUUAAAGCAACACAAAAAUAAUCCUACACUAGAAGACUGUUAUUACAAAAGUAUGUUAGUAUUAGCGUACGUACAGUUAAUAUUUUGCGGAAAAAGUGGUACAAAAUAAUGUUUUACUAUUCUAUAGAUCAAUCCGGUCAAAAGGUCCUCAAAGCACCCAAACACCUAAGCGAAGAUAUUGUAAAAAAAAAACUCCAUGAUUUUUGGAUUUAACAAAAAAAGUGCUAAACUGACUGCUUGGCAAGAAGCUGUCAAUAAUGCUGCAUUUCAGCUUGCCAAACACGAUCCAGACCUGCUGUAUAACAGGGCAGAGCUAAAAAUAAAAGCAGAAGCAGAGGCUCGUAAAACAUAUGUUUUCAAGAAACCAUCUGGAUCUCGUAGCAUUCACGUUCAACAAGAAAGCGGACCAAAGCCGAAAAGAUCAAACUAUUCAGCCAGAACUAAUCAAAAAUCAAAUAUCCUCAAAGCAACAGUUGUGUAGCAAAGCCAGCGCAGUAAAGGACUUUGCUUUGUGCUCAAAAGUCCAAGGAGAAAUGAGAAAACUGUUCCAAGAAAAAGCUAAUCAUGAAAAGAUGCUUAAAAUGCUGCAGACCAAGGGAAGGAAGAGCACUUGGUAUCAAAAAAAGAAAAAAAGUAAUACACUACCACCUGCCGAAAGUAGUUCCAGUUCGACAGUGGAUAUAAGAAGCCUGUUCACCAGACAGCAGGCAUCAAACACCUCAACGUGUUCUACUUCGGUUGAAAAACUAAUUUAUGAUGACAAAGAAGCUGAACUUUACACUGACAUAUAUAUGGCAGAGAUGGAGAAGAUUGAAGAGGGCGUUUGCACCUACCAAAAUUCUGAUGAAGAUGUAGUGAUGAUUUCGGCACCUGCCGAUACAUCGGACAACCAGCCAUCUGGUGAUGAAGUGUUAUCUCCAGGUCUCACAAAUAAUCUGCCAUCUGGUGAUGAAGUGUUUAUAUCUCCAGGUCCCACAAAUAAUCAGCCAUCUGGUGAUGAAGUGUUAUCUCCAGGUCUCACAAAUACCCACGAUCUGAUGACCGUUCCAGUGUUAUCAACCGAGCAAUUGAUAUCCACUUCGACUGGUGUGGAGGAAGCUGUCGUGUCUAUAUCCCCAAGUACCGUUGAAGACGAAGUAAUGAUUUCACCGCCCACUGAUACAUCCGACAAAUAUCCAUCAACUAUAGUUCAACUGAAUGACAAGCCUCAUGGUAAUAAAGUGUUAUCUCCAAUUGUUAAAGAUACCCACGAUCAAGUAGCUGUUUCAGUGUUAUCAACUGAGCAAUCAGUAUCCAACAAUACAAGUUCUCGAAAUGACGGAUCUAACAAUUUUUUGUUAUAGAAGGUCCUCCAACUCAAAAUAUUAGUUGGGGGACCAAAUGUGAUAAUAUUAAAACAAUUGAACAGCUUGUAUCAAUUUUAAGACGUGAAGAGAAAAAGAGUCUUGUAAAUUGUACUGCACAAAAAGUGUCAGGGAAUACAAUAACUGUUAGUAAAUUUGAAGGACUAAACUUAAAUCAAUAUUCACUAGCUAAAGCAGAGAACUGUCGUCAGUACCAUGCUGUCUGCAAAAGUGGUUGCAAGAAAAUGGUAGAUGCUGCAAACUAUUUACUUCAAAAGAAGUGGAUACCUUUGCCUAAGCUAUGGAGAACAUGUUUCUCAUUAAAACGAUAUGAUUGUGAUAAGGCUCAAAGAAGGCUGCUUCAAAUGCCAGUGGCAUGUAUUCGAUUAAAAAAUGGCGUAGUUGUGAUCGAGAAGAACAGUGAUAACUGCUAUCACGGUGUAAUUUCUGAAAUAAAUCAAAUCUACGAUAUGUUACCUCUGACUGACAAUGUUAAAAAGGAAGAUCCUAUAAGGAAAGAUGAGUGCCAGGGCUUGCUCAAAUCAGCAACAUCAACAUCUGAAGUUCAAAAAAUAAAGCAUGUCAUUGCAAGUACGCACAACAUGUCUCAACGCGAAGCACAGCGCCUAGGAAUACGACGUCUAAAGCAAAGAGCAGCCCAAGUCGAAGAUGCUACAGAGACAGUCAAAAAUAUUAAAAGUAAGCACAACUACUUCGCAAAACUUGAGCAAAAAGCGUUCCUGCAUACACAUGGUCUUGAUUUCGAGCUCUACUUGUCAAGCGAUUCAUCAGACAGUUCAGAAUGGGAAUCUGAAGACGAAGAGGUUGUUGAAAUUAAAGAAAAACCUUUGUCGCAUACUCUCUCAGCAUCACUGGACAUUGAAGAAAGAUUGGAAAAGUCAGAUACGGAAAAAGGCGCAGCAAACGACGAAAUCCAUGUAGAGUUAAAUGAGACUCAGUCAAUAUCUUGUUCAACUACCGAAUAUACUUCACAAAAACAACAAGGAAAUUCUCUUCAACAGAACAUAUCUGAUCUUUACAGAAACACUAUGCUUGCUCUCAACAUUCUGAAAGAUACAGGGUACAAUUGGUUUGCUUUGGUCGCCUCCUUGGACCUCAUACUUCGUUACCAGGGUUACACCACAGAAGAUUUCGAUCAAUUUUUGGUUAAUUUCGCAAACCAAUUACACAACCUCGGGUUGAAUGACGAGGAGUUUAGGCUAACAGAACAAUCUAGAGCAGUUUACCUUACAGAAAUGUUAGAAAAGGAAACACAAGCAGUGACAAUCGAUGAAGACGACGAUGAAAAUGAUCUUACAGCGAAUGAAACAAGUACUUUCCAUAUCAAUGAAGAGGCAGUGCAUCAAAAGUUGAAACAGAUAAAGGAUCGAGCAAGAAAAAGGGCAUGUGCUGAAGUAGAAGCAACUGGAUUAUUCCGUAAGAAAUGUGUGAACCGAAUGGACGCCAUUCACAAACGUCACCCGGAUAUUGGAAAGGUAAUCGAGAAAAUUGUCUCUGAAGCAGAUGUUGGCGCUGACAAGUGGAGGAGAACGGGUGUUUAUACGUUUUCUGGCGAUACCAAAAAGGAAAAAAGAAUCACCUUUAAAGGUCUCGCAGCGAAACUAAGUGAACACUAUGGAGAAAAUAUAAGUUAUGGAACAGUCGUUCAGUUGUGUGUCCCAAGAAAUAAACGAAGAAUUUCAGCGAAACAAUACAGGGGUGUCGCAAACGUUCGGUAUCAACGAUCUAGGAAAGGAUUCGACCUGAAGUAUAAUCCUGACGUGAAAUGGAGUCGUUCUUUGUACAAAUGUUUGGACAGACUACAAAAAGAUGGGCAACACAUUUUGCUGCUAAACCGCGAUGACCAGGCAGGGUUUCGUUUGGAUUUCACGUACACACACAAGAGUACCCCAUCGUUAAAUGCUGGCUCUCCAACAUUAACCACCCACACAGAUUUUCUUAACAAGCACCAGGCGCAACUUCAGACCACAAGUUACAAUUUUUCCACAACGUCAAAUACAAGUGAAGUUUGCUGUGGGGUAGUCAAAGCAUCUGUGGUGCAUGAAAAGAGCCCAUCUCAACACGCUGCCGACUUAAUGAUGCUCGAACAAAUUCCUCAUCUUUCGCCUGUGUUCCGUAAACCAGACGGAGAAGUCAAAGAAAUAGAAUGCAUUCGCGUAGAUGGGGGAACUGAUGAGGGUCCAUCGCAUGUAGAAGUACAGUUUCUCUGGACUGAGUGCCAUUACCGGCAUCCUACUAAA